AUGAUGGCUCCUUGGUCUGAUCUUCCGAAAGAACUUGUUGAAAGAAUUAGUAAAUUCGUCAACAGCAAUAUUGAUGUCCUUCGCAUUCGUGCAGUCUGCAGUUCAUGGCGUUCAGCAUUUUCUCCUAAUUUCAAAAUCCCCAAAUCUCAGUUUCCCAUCAAACUACCCUCCAAAAUGCCUUUCCCCCACCCCCACAUGUUCUGGCCUGUUUAUGACGAUUCUCAUUGUUAUUUAAUCGAAAGCACUGUUUAUCUUUUCCAACUUCCUCAUCCUCCUCACACACCCUGGCUGGUCAAGAUCCUAAAAACAUCAAACGGAAAAUUGAAGAUUUUGAAUCCUCUAACCAACAGAGUGAUCGAUGAUUUGCCUGAUAAGAAAUUGAAUUUACUAGAUUUACGUGUUUCUCAAUCAGGGGAUGACAAAUGGACUACCUUGAAAGAUCCCACUAGUAAGACUGUCGAUAUUAGUGUGUAUAAAGAUACUAAUGUUAAGACGAAGUUGCAUGGUUCUCAACCUUCAUGGAAAUGUCCCAAGGAAAUUAAGAUUUACCGGCUUGAUGAAGAACAACAUGAGUGGAUUGCAGUGCAUACAUUGGGUGAUCGAAUUUUCUUUGUUGGUGACGACUGUUGUUUCUCUGUUUCUUCAUCAGAUUUUGGUGAUCAGUGCAGAGGAAACUGCAUUUACUAUGUAACGGAGGUAUAA